CUUGAAGAACGUGCAAAAGAACUCAUUUCUGUGGGUGAAGACCUCUCACAUCGAGUGCAGAGAUGUUUGGAGAAGAAAGUAAAUUUAAAGACUAUGACUAAUCCUAAGAAUGUUGAUGAUGUAGUUAACAGUUUGCAGUUGUUAAUUAAACUUGCUGGAGAGAAUCUGGAGCAUAUAGAGGGUUUCCUUGCUUUGAACUACAAGUAUUGGGUUAACCGUGUGAUAAGGCAUAGCUCUAAAACAGGUACAGAUGUAGCCGAUAGUAAUCAGCAGGGCAAUGAAGACGGGAGGAGCGAAACUAUUACAAAGCAUAGUCAGAGCAAGGAGGAUUUGAGUGGGGUUGGUGGGAGCGACACUGAACUGCUUUCAGUUCCUGAAAACGAACGCGGUGAUAAUGGGAUUAAAAACGGAGAAACAGAUGAAGACCAAAAAGGUGCUGGUACUUCCAAGAGUGUAGAAAUGGAAGGGGAGAACUCUAGAAAAAGGAAAUUACCAGAAGAAACGAGUGAUAGUUCUGAUAUGGAACUGGUGCGUGGUGCUGAGAUAGAGGGAGAUUCACAAAAGUCAGUGGCAGGAGACAAAAAAAGAAAGAAGCUGGAAGAUGGAUUGGAAAUGGAGGUAGAUGUGUCUGUAGACACUGAUGUUAAGAGUACAGUGAAUGACAUCCAGAGCGAAUGUGCUGUGAAGAUGUCAAGUGAACCAGAAAUUGACAUGGAAUUGGAAGAUAUAUUAGAGGGAAAAACAAUUAAAGACGCCAGUACAGAUGUAACGGAGGAUGGUGGAGAUGCAGAGACUGAGAAAGCCAAUGACAUGAAUGAGAGUUUUCUUGAUAUUUCAUCACAGAAUGAAGAGGUCAUUGUUCCCGAGAAGCAUGCUGAAUGCAGUUCAUCGCACGAAACUGCUGAUGAAACGUCUCAGUCUGAAACGAACUAUACUGGAAGUGGUGAUACUGUGCAUGAGAUAGAUGAAAAGUCUGAAAAGAGUUUUGAAAGUUUAUCCACCGUACAUGUUCAACGACACGAGCAGGACUUGCCAACACGUGAAGUUUCAGGCAUUGUGAAUGAUCCAGAAAAAACUGCUAUGUGUGUAGAAGAUACCUUACAAGAAAAUCAACCCAAAAAGUUGGAUGAAGAGCAGGAUUGUGCAAAAAUAAAUGUUGAAAGUGAAGCAAAGCGUGAGGACAGUGAAGAUGCCCCAGUAGACGAGGUCAGUAAUAAUAAAGAGAAUGAGGUGGUAAGUGAAAAUGACAGUAACGGUAAUGACGCAUCAAUGGAUUUCCUGUUUGAAAAUGAAUGCGACAAAAGUCAGGGUGAUGAGGUUGAAGGUAAUGUGAAUAAUGAUGAAAUAGAGUCUGUUGAAUCUUUAGCAGCUUAUUUGAAGGCCACUAUGAAGAGACCUCCAGAAGAAAGUAAUAAAACUGAGGUAUCUGAUGGUUUGGGAAAGGAUACCAUAGCUGAAGUUCACUGUGCUCUUAUGGAAGGUUCUGAAGAAGAUAGAGAAGACUUUGAAGUACAAAACCAUAAAACAGGAAGUGAUAAAAGUGAUGUUGAAGAAAAUAAAAUGGAUACAUCUGAAGAACCAGGAAAGUGCACCAAAGAGAUAGAUGAGAAAAAGAAAUUGGAAUGUGACUAUGAAGAAGUUGAAACCAGUGGUAUACGUAAAUUGGAAGUGAAUGAUGAUAUGUCAGAAUGUGAAGGAAAAGAAAAUGUUGCUGGGAAGAUUAAAGCAGAAGUGAAUGAAGAUACCACAGAAGAUAAGGAUAAUGUGGAGGAAAAGACUGUGGAUUCUUUGAAUUACACAGAAGAUUGUAUAAAGGCCCAGCAAGCUCUUCUUGAAUACUCAACAGAUGAUGAAGACAGUUGCGCAGAGGAACCGCUUAAAAAGAUAAAGGAACGGUUAAAGAAAGCAAAGGAAAAUGAAGUUGCCGUCUGUAAAGAUACAAAACCUGCAAAAAAGCAGCGCUCUGGUCCAAAAUCUCGAACACGCAAGGGCAAGGAAAGUACUUCUGCUGCGUCGGCAUCUUCAGUAUCCGAUGUUGAUUCAUCGUGUUCCGUGCGAAGGCAAGACAUUAAAGCGGAUGGUGGUAGGGGGAAGAAGUUUAGAUUGAAGGACACAGAAGCAUAUAAGCAAGGUGGGAAGUUAGGGUGGAAGUGUACAGUACUUGUGGAGCGUCUGCUUGAUGAAGUAUUCCAGAAAUAUUAUGAGCAGUACUACAGUGAUGGGGAAAAUGAAUGUGAGAAGAAGGCCAAGGAUGAUAAAGAAAUUGACAGUUUGGUCAACUUAAAGUCAUUGAAGAAAGUUAGAACAAAGAAAUGUGACAUGGAUGAAAGUGAUACAGAAGAUUCUGAUACAAAAGGCAAGAGAAGGGCAAAGAAAAAGAUUGGGAAAUCUAAAACGAAAGAAGAGCAGAAGUUGAUCGAUUUCUUCAAUCAAAUGGAUGAUGAUGAUGACAGCUUGAGUUCAGAUGCACCAGAUUCUGAAAAAGAGGUCAUGAAAGCCAUGAGACUGAAGAAGAACUUUCUUGAAAAGGAAAAUGAAAUGGCAAUGAAGAUGCUGCUUGGAAGUUCCACUGAUGAUGGUGAUUCCAGUGAAAAGGAAGAUGAUCCUGAGGAAAAAGAAAAGUCAAACAAGAAAGCAAAUAAAGAAACUGAAGAUGUUUUGAAGGAAGAAGAGAAGAAGAAGGAAGUUAGAGGAAAGAAGGCAGACAGUAGUAGCACUGAUGAUGAUUUCCUUUAUGAUUCUCAGAAGAAGAGGGGCUGGCGUAACGACAAAUUGCUGACAGAGAGGCUGUCAGACCUGAAUACAAGUGAUGAAGAACGUCGAUGGGAAAUGAAGAAGGAGAGAGAGCAAAAGGAAGAUAAUAAUGAUUCUGAAGAGAACAUCAGGUGUAAGAAGAAGUCCAGGAAGAAAAGAAUCGGGCAACAGAUGUCUGACUCUGACAAUUCUAAUAUCAUGUCCAUCAGCAACCGUAGUAGCAGCAGCGAUGACUUUGUCGUAAUGAAACGAAAGAAACCGUCAAAGAAAACAGAUUCUAAAGACAGCACCUCUGAUAGUGAUGUACCAAGUUCUAAAGUGAUUAGACGGAGGAGAAUUAGGGCUCCGGCUAAAGACUCCAGCAGCAGUGAUGGUUGCCAAGUUGAGUCUAGUCAAAAGUCGGAUACUCCGGGCAAGGGACGUAAGAAUAUCCAUCGAAUAUUGAAGGAUGAUAAUGUGGGCGAGGCAACACGAAGAGCUGGACGAGAAGAAGAAGAGAGGAAGAAGAGAAUUUUAGAGAAACAAAAAUUGUAUAAUGAGAUUUACAAGCAACUGGAAGGAACAGAGAAAUUAGACAAACUUGUUCUGGAUUUUGAUCCUGAGACAAAAGAGGAACUGGUUGCUGUGGAUCCUUUUAUUGUUUCAAAGCUGAAACCUCAUCAGGUGAAAGGUGUCAAAUUUAUGUGGGAUGCUUGUUUUGAGUCGCUGAAAGAAGCUGACAAGGCAACGGGAUCUGGCUGCAUUCUUGCUCAUUGCAUGGGACUCGGAAAGACACUUCAGGUUGUGGCCCUUGUUCACACGUUAUUGAAACACGAAAACACCAACGUGAAGACGGUUCUUGUUGUCAGCCCUCUUAACACAGUCCUCAACUGGGUCAACGAGUUCAACAUGUGGCUGAAAGAUGUUGGCAGUGGAGAGGAGGUUAAUAUUUUUGAGCUGUCCAGAUACAAGCAGAACUAUGAGCGUAUGUAUCAGGUGAAGGAAUGGCAGGAUUGUGGAGGUGUUAUGGUGAUUGGAUAUGACAUGUUCCGUAUCUUAACUAACCCACAGGCCAAACGGAUGCGAAAAAAUGCUAUGGAAACAUUCCAGUCAUCUUUAGUUGAUCCAGGUCCUGACCUUGUUGUGUGUGAUGAAGGCCACUUGCUCAAAAAUGAGGAUACAGCAUUGGCCAAAGCCAUGAGAAGGAUAAGAACAUUACGCCGAAUCGUGUUGACGGGUACACCGUUACAAAAUAACCUCAAGGAAUAUCAUUGCAUGGUGCAAUUUGUGAAGCCAAACUUGCUUGGUAAUCGGAAGGAGUUUCAGAAUCGAUUCAUGAACCCCAUUUCAAAUGGACAGUUUGAAGACUCAACAGCACACGAUGUGAAGAUAAUGAAACGCCGGGCCCAUGUUCUACACAAGAUGUUGGAGGGAUCAAUUCAGAGGUUUGACUAUUCUGUGUUGACUCCAUUUCUACCACCAAAACAAGAGUAUGUUAUUUCAAUCCGCUUGUCUGAAGUUCAAAUUAAGGCAUAUCGAUAUUACCUGGAACACUUGAGUAAAGGUGGGGAGAGGGGCAAGGGAGCACAGCUUUUUACUGACUUCCAGAAUCUAUCGAGAAUAUGGACACAUCCGAGGGUAUUGCAGAUGAGUGAUGACAAGGCUGAGAAAACUGCAGAGAGAAAGCGUUUAAUGGAAUCGGAUUCAGAGGGUUCGUUGAAAGAUUUCAUUGAUGAUGAUGACGAGACAACAGAAUCAUCAGAUGGUUCUUCCUCGGACAAGACAGAUACGCAAGCUGCAGAAGAAGGAAAGGCGAGCAACCAAAAACGUGUCGGCAGAUACACACGAAGUACAUGUAACAAUCUAGUUGAAGAACUGGAAAGUGGGAAGGAUGGUAAAGAUGAAGAUGAAGAGAAAUCAAACCACGUGGCUUGGUGGAAGCAGUUUAUUGAUGGAGAUGAACUUGAUGAUAUAAAAUACAGCGGAAAAUUAACUCUGCUGUUUUCCAUACUUCGGGAGUGUGAGAAAAUCGGAGAUAAAGUGUUGGUAUUUAGCCAGUCUCUCUACUCGUUGGACCUCAUUGAAUAUUUUUUGGCACGUGUUGAUUCUGCUACACAAGAUGGAGAAACUAAAGAGUCGCUGGAUGGUAAUACAGGCUCGUGGUCUGUAGGAUUGGAUUAUUUUCGUCUUGACGGUUCAACAUCAUCUGAGAAUCGUAAUGUCUGGUGCAAGCUCUUCAACCGUGAAGAGAACCACAGGGCUCGCUUAUUCAUCAUUUCAACUCGUGCUGGAGGUUUGGGCAUCAAUUUAUAUGCUGCAAACCGUGUUAUAAUUUUUGAUGCAUCAUGGAAUCCAUCGCACGAUGUUCAGAGUAUUUUCCGAGUGUACAGGUUUGGCCAGAAGAAGCCAUGCUACAUAUACCGGUUUUUAGCACAGGGUACAAUGGAAGAGAAGAUCUAUGAUAGGCAAGUGACAAAGUUGUCCCUGUCGUGCCGAGUCGUGGAUGAACAGCAAAUUGAGAGGCAUUACAACAUGGCUGAUCUUCAGGAGCUUUACCAAUUUGAUCCUGAGCAGAAGACCAAACGGCCAACUCCAAUUCUACCCAAGGAUCGUCUGCUAGCUGAGCUGUUGAAAGAACACGAACAUUGGAUUGUUACAUACCAUGAACAUGAUUCUUUGCUUCAAAACAAAGAGGAGGAAGAGCUGAACGAGGAGGAACGUAAGGUUGCGUGGGAAGAGUAUGAGAAUGAGAAGAAGGGCAAGACCAUUCCACCAGUAAUUACUGGUGUACCCGGUCUGAACAUACCAGCUCUUCGUGAAACCUUACGGAACGAGAACCCUCUUAUAACAGAAGAUGAACUUCAACAAAAAGUGAGCGCUGCUAUUGGCCGGAUCUUUGAGUACCUGAACACUUCACAGAAUACGGUACCCGCACAAAACUACCAGAUGUAUUAUUCGCAGUUGCAAGCACUGCAGCAGUACCGAAUACAGCAGGAGCAGUUGAAGCAAGCGGAGCAACAGGAGACACUGAGGCAGCAUCAGGAGAAUAUUAUGCAGACUGGAGCAAACUACAGCAACCCUAACGUAACAUUCAGGCAGUUCUUACAGGACCGUCAGCAAACGAACCAGAAUAUAACGGCAUAUCCGACCAACUUGUACCGAAAUAUUGCUACAGAUAAUCCUGGUAUAUUGAGGAUGCAUUCUAAACUUGUUCCUAGUGUACCACCGAGCUCAUCAUUAGGGGCCAUGUUACCAAACUUGGGUGGUAAACAGACAGGAAGAAAUGAAGCUACGAGUCGUCCACCAAUGCUUUUGCAAUUGUUAAGACCAUCCACCAGUGUGAUGCAGCCCCCAUUUGCUUCCAACACCAAAGUGAGUCAUUUGAAAGAAUUCUUGGAGCAUCAGAACGCACAACAACCAGCAGGCAGCAGUACGACUAUAACUGACGAUAUGAUCGAGACAAUUGAUUGAGUCAGAUUGCAUCUCGUUCCUGCAGUAAGUAUGAGGGAGGGUUGGAUGGACCAAGAAAAUCUUUCCUCAGUUGAAGAAAUGGGAGAAGCCUUCAGUUGGCAACUGCUCAUUGUGUUUGUGGUUAAUACCGCAAAGAGGCGAAGUUCAUUAUUACCUGGAGCUCAGUCUGUAGUUUGGAUGGAUUCUGGUGUUGUCAGAUGUUUACACUGUCAGUGCCGUAAUUAAAGAAUAAUGGACAAAUUGGCAGGUGGUGACACGGAGGUGAAGAGUAGUGGCGUUUAAUACUCAUCUUCUUUUUUUUUACUGUGUUCUUGGUUUUGGCAUCUAUAAACCAGGGGUUUUCAACCUUUUUCACUGUGCGUCUCGCUGACAUGCAGUAGACCAUUGAGGUCAAUGUUAUUGUCAGAUCUCUUUGGAACCAUGAGUUUGCCUACUGUUGUGCGCUAAAAAUGUACAAAAUGCAGUCGUUUUAACUUCAUAACGCAAGGCAUCCUCAUGACCCAGAAUCAGAUCACAGUGUCUUGGUUAUGUCUGCCACGUCAGUAUAAAUAAAGACAGGGAAGUUUAGUCAAAAGAAAAUGAAACCAAUUAUUUUUCUAGAGCUGGAGUGGUAUGCCUGUCGUAACGCAAUAGCAUAAUGAAAACCAAAAUCUGAUGCGUAAAAUAACAUUUAUAGGAUGUGUGUAUAUACUGCAAAUAAAGUAGUCCAUGAAUUAAUGUUAUAGGGUAUUUUACUCUUAAUAAGGAUAAGUUAAAUAACAGCGAACAUUUUGUCGCUCGUAACAUGAAAUUUGAAAUGCUGUUGUUAAAUGUGUCUACCCACCUUGAAUAUAAAAUGUACUCUGGCUAUAAAAUUUCUAAAAUAUUACACUGCUAUUGCAAAUAAAUAUAUUUUUGAGUUGCAGUAGUACACCUGAAUCUCUGAUAUGACAAAUAAAAUUAUCAAUGUCCACAGACUUCCACAAAUAGGCACGUGAUUCGUAUGUAUUUAUCGUCAUCGUCAACAGCAGCACGAAGUGGCUAAUAUAUAAAAUGUACAUAAGCAGUGUUUCUGUUAGAAAUAACUGCGAUAUUUGAAUCAAAUAAUUUUUAAGAGAUUAUUUAUAAUAUUAUAUCUUCAUGUAAAUGGUCGUCCAAUUUGGUUAAAAUUUGCAUUUGGUAAGAACUGUAAAGCGUUUUAAUUUGGAGUAAUGUCACGUGCUCACAGAGGAAGGACGUGGCGUGCAGACAUUUCUAAAAUAUGUUGAGAGUAAUUUUGUUCCUGGAAUAUGUGUACGUCGUUUUAAGUAUAUUAACUUUUGCUGGCAGUAGGUUUAAAUCCUGGUCUUAAGUUGGGCUUAUAAGUUGUCUUGUACCAGAUCUGCAAUUUUUUUUUCUUUCUACGCAGGUCUCUGAAUGAACCUGUAGUGUGCCCAUUAACUUGAUCAUAAAAUUCUCAAUUUGGGAACAGAGUUUUAACUUUUUAACUCAAGAUACUCGUCUCACAAUGCUAUGAAAUUUAAUGACUGUAUUUUGUUAGGUGUCAUGUUCAUAGUGGAUGUACAUUGGUAAAGCAGAAUAGAAUACUGAAAGCGCAAGAGAAUUUGAAAUAAAUUUACUGUUUUUCCCUU